AUGACGAUCCUGGGCCUCGAUCCCUCGCUGUAUCCUGCGUCGCCUGCGCAUUUUAAUAUCGAGGAAGUCAUCCGCCCCAAUAUUCUCGCCUUGCAUCCUUAUCGCUGUGCUCGGGAUGACUAUUCAGAGGGAAUUUUGCUCGAUGCUAACGAGAAUGCGCUAGGGCAUUCGAUCCAGCAGCACAAGUCUGAACUGGAGCCAGAGUUACAGCCCACCCUUGCUCUUGACUUGCACCGGUAUCCAUCUCCCCGUAACGAUGCUAUCAGGGAGCGGCUCGCAAACCUGCGCCGCCUUCCUGGCCCCGAUUAUGUGUUCCUCGGUGUUGGGUCAGACGAGGUCAUUGAUUUGCUCAUGAGGGUGUGCGUUGCGCCUGGACGGGAGAAGAUCCUCAUUACACCUCCAACGUAUGGCAUGUACAGUGUUUGCGCACAGGUCAAUGACGUUGGGGUAGUCAAAAUUCCUCUUGAACUGAGCGGCAACCAUGGCGAAGGCGGGGUAAGCGGAAGAUUUUCCCUUCGGGUCGAGGAGAUCAAGAAGGCCGUUGCGGCCGACCCGUCGAUUAAGCUUAUUAUGCUGUGCUCACCAGGGAAUCCCACCGGCACGCUCAUCUCCUUAUCGGCCUUGCGCGAGCUACUCAGCUUCGACCUAUUCAAGGGUCUCGUCAUCGUGGAUGAAGCAUACAUCGACUUCGCCAGCGAAUCUGCGAGUGCUGUUUCCCUAGUCGAACAGUUUGCGAACGUAUGCGUCAUGCAGACCCUAAGCAAGAGCUUUGGAUUGGCAGCCAUUCGCUUAGGCAUGGCAUUUGCUCACCCUGCGCUUGUUCAAAUUCUAAUGAACACCAAGGCGCCCUACAAUAUUUCAGCGCCGACCGCGUCCCUAGCAUUGUCCGCACUCUCGCCGCCUGCCGUCGCGGGCAUGAAUGAGAAGGUGGCAAGACUGGUAUUGCAGCGCAGCGCAUUGCUGCGGGGUCUCGUACAGCUUGCACCGCUGGGGCUGGGUGCAGCGAUCGGUGGAAAUGACGCCAACUUCGUGAUUGUGCCUGUGCUGGACAAGAACGGGAAUGGACAGCCAAACAACGUGCGCGCGCAGGCCAUCUACAAGACGAUGGCAGAAGAGGAGGGUGUGGUGGUGCGAUACCGUGGUGGGGAGCCGGGAUGUGCGGGAUGUCUACGUAUCACCGUUGGCAGUGAAGAAGAGAAUGUUGUCGUACUGGGGAAGCUCAAAGAUUUGCUGCAGAAGCUAUAA